AUGUACUUGUUUGGAUUUGGCAAAAAGAAGAAAAAGGAUGUGGUCAAGUCGAGGGACAAGGGCCAAACAAGAGAUCAUCUCGACAGAACGUUGGUUAAGGAAGACAAAGAUGUCGAACCGGAUUCAAAGAAGAAAGACAAGAAGGACAACUCGUGCAAGACGAUAGUCAGCAAUCGGACGAUCACCACGACGAAAAGGAAUGUUGCUGAUCUCAGUGAUUGUAAGAAGCUUGUCCAUGGAUUCGUCGAGAACACGUUGAAGAAGGGCGUACAAGGAUUGCGUGCCGAAUUUGCAUCGCACAAGAGGGUUCUUGACAUGACGAAGCUGACGGUGUUCUUGAAAAAUCCGGCCAAGAAUCGAUACAAGGAUGUGGGCUGUCUUGACGAUACUCGGGUUGUGCUGAAAGACAAUGGGGACAAUGACUACAUCCACGCAAACUAUGUAUCAACGCCAACCUCCGAGAAACGAUUCAUUUGUUGCCAGGCGCCGCUCGAUUCUACUUGUGUCGAACACUGGAAAAUGAUUGUACAAGAGCGAGUGGAAGUGAUACUGAUGUUGUGCAAUUUGACGGAGAAAGGAGCCAAGAAAUGCGCCGAAUAUUUCCCAGCUGAAGAAGGACAUUCGAAGACGUUUGACAAGUACACAAUCAAGGCCGUCAAAACAUCGAAGGUGAAAUUGCCAUGUCCGACGACGGCCAAUAUUCGACUCACGAAAUUGGUGGUUGAGGAGAACGGGAACAGGAUCCACUCGGUGGACCAUUAUCAUUGGGUUGACUGGCCGGAUCGUGGAGUUCCCCCUGCCGACCUUGCCCCAAUUCAUCUUCUCAACCGUGUAUCUGGCACACAAUCUCCGAUUGUCGUACAUUGCUCUGCAGGAAUCGGACGCACCGGCUCAAUCGUUCUUAUCCAAUACACGCUCGAGUCAAUCAACACUGGCCAGACAUGUGAAAAUAUGGACACACUUCUUUUGAAGCUUCGCAAGCAAAGGGCAAACUCGGUUCAAACGGACCACCAAUAUCUCUACGUGCACCAAGUUCUACUCAAUCAUUUUCUGAAGGAAGGAUUCUUGGACAAGAACGUCACUCCACUCCUCGAGGGCUUCACCACACAAUACAAGAAAUUUGUGAUCACCGGC